AUGCCCUCUCUUUCCAGCUAUGGAAAACAGUUUGAAGACUGGAUGGUAAAGGUAUUCUACAACUAUGGUUUAUUUAUUGCCAAACACCAAUGGUGGUUUCUGUUAACUCCAAUCGCCCUCACAAUUGCUUGCAUACCCGGAUUAUUUUAUUUACAAAUUAAUCUCGACCUUUAUAAUCUUUUUGUUCCACUUGACGCUCCAGUUCGGUAUGAGUUCGAAAGAACUAAAGAAUUCAAUAGGCUCCCAUUAGGAAAUCUUGAUAAAAUUCCAUCAAGACACCGACGAGAAUUUGAAUGUCACAGUGAUGAAUGCGCGUUUCCGGACGUCGAAAUGGAACGAUUAAGACGUGAUCUACUGGCGCUUCAAGAAGAACAUGAGAAUCAUCUUCAUGAUGGGAACACGACUGCAUUAAGGGUCAAGAGAGGCGCUAGCGGCAAGAAGGCUUUGAAAGCCGGACUGGUUCCCGCCAAAAAUGAUAUUCUUCGAUUCUACGUUGUGCACAAAAAAUUUGACAACUUGCUUCAAUCGAAAUAUUUGGGACCUUUAUUCAAAUACACUCAGCAGAUGAUGAAAGUGGAGAACGAAUUUGAUGGAGAUGUUUGGACAUUAGAAGACUUUUGCACGAAAGAAGCUGGAGCGCAAACGUGCAAUAACAAUUUGAAUUUGUGGAUCAAACAUGCUGAUGUUUUGUUCAAAGAUGGAAAAAUCAAGGCAAACCCUAAUCUUCAACUGUCUUAUCCAGUCUUGUAUCUCUUCAAUCGACCAAAGGAUAUUGGAAAUGUUAUCUAUGGAGUUGAUGUUAAGGGAGAAAAGAAUGAAAUACAAGGGGCUCGUGUGUUAACUCUUCAUUGGUUUGUAAACUAUCCAGCCACUCCUGAAAACAAUGCAGCUUACUAUGCUUACCGCUUAAAAUUGAACGAUUUUUGGCAAGAAAUUUCGGAUAACAGUGAUCUUCAAUUCAUUCCACACAACGACAAAGCUAUGGACGACGAAAUGCUUGAAAUUAUUAAAACUACUGUUCCAUUUGCUGUACCUGCUACUCUUAUGCUUAUGCUUUUUGUAGUCACCUCCAACUUCAGUUUGGAUAGGAAAAAAUCUAAACCAGUUGAAAUGUAUUUAGGAGUAUGGUGUAUUAUCUUUGCUUUGAUAAUUACCUUCGGACUUUUCUUUUUCUUCGGUGCCAAGUUCAAUCCAGUCACGUCUACAAUGCCAUUCCUAAUUUUAGCUAUCGGGGUCGAUGACGAUUUUUUAAUGGUUGCAGCUUGGAGAGAAUGUAAUCGAAAAUUAUCACCUUCGACAAGGCUUGCCUUGGUCAUGGGAGACGCUGGAGCCUCAAUUACUGUCACAUCAUUCACCAACUUCUUCUGCUUCUGGCUUGGAUGGCUGAUGUGCUCCACACCAGCUGUCGGAGACUUCUGCAUUAUCACCGCUGUCGGAGUCAUCUUCGAUUAUCUCAUGCAAAUUACCUUCUAUGCAGCAGUUCUCAAAUUUUCGGGAGACAAAGAAGAAACAGGAGGUUUGGCGUCGUGUUGUUACAAGAAAACAGAUGGUGAUGACGCGGUUGAGCAAAAUGAGCCAAAAUAUAAGGAAGAAUAUGUGGACUUCCAACAUCAUGAAAAAACUGAAGACCUUCCAAGAAUGCAUAAAUUUUUCCGCGACAUCUUUGCGCCAUUUGUUAUGAAGAAGUGGGUGAGAAUCGGUUCAAUGGCAAUGUUCCCCAUUUACACAGCAUUUGCACUUUAUGGUUGCUCUGUGCUUAAAGUUGAUAUUUCACCAGUCAAAUAUAUUCGCGACAAUUCACCAAUUCAAACGUUUGUUGCGCUUGCUGACAAAUACAUUUGGGCGGAUAAUGUCAUGCCAAGCUUUCAUAUCAUGAGGCCACCUGACCUUCGUGAUGCUGGGGCCCGCGCAAAAUUGAAUGAAUUAGUGUUUCGACUUGAACAUACUGAUUAUUCUAUCGGAAGGGUGUCCACAAAUCUCUGGGUGUGGCAAUAUCAACAAUAUCUUAAUGAUUUUCCAAAUAUCAAUUAUACAACUGACUUUUAUGAUCGCAAAAAUUUGAAAGAUUUCUUCACACAGCUUGACUAUUCCCAAUACAGAGAUAAGGUUAAAAUUAUGGAUAACGUCACAAAUGGAGAGCCAUGCAUUGCCGCAUUCACAUUCCAAACAUCAUUCUAUGGUCUUGACAGUUGGGAUAAAAGACAAGCUGAGCUGUUUCAUUGGAGAAAUAUUCUCAAGGAAUAUCCAGAGUUUGAUAUGUUCCUUUCCGGGAUUUUCAGCCCAUUUUUAAUUGAUCAACGUCACACAAUCGCCCCAUCUUCUAUGCAAACUAUCGGAUCUGCGUUGGCCAUGAUGGCCCUUAUUUCUUUCUUCUUCUUGCCGGAUGCCUUAUCCGUAUUUCUCAUGACAUGGUCACUUCUCUCUAUUUCUAUGGGUGUUUGCGGUGGAAUUGCUCUUCUUGGGUCAGACUUGGAUUCCGUCAGUAUGGGUUGCAUUGUGAUGGCGAUUGGAUUGGCUGUUGAUUAUUCAGUGCAUAUUUGCUACAGAUAUCAUCGUUCCGAAUACACAACUGCACAUGAAAAAGUUGCUGAUACUCUUGCAUCUGUGGCUUGGCCAAUUACUCAAGCGGUUAGUUCAACACUGUUCGGAUUAGCCUGCACGAUUCUCGUUCCUGCUUACCUUGUUCGCGUUUUCUUCCAAACUGUUUAUCUUGUGAACAUCAUUGGUCUAUUCCACGCUCUAGUUUGGCUGCCUCAAUUAAUAUCAGCCUUGGAUCCGUGCGAGAGAAUUCCUCUUCGUCUUCGCGACCAAUCAUCAAAGACUUUACCAAUUUCUGUACAUUAA